AUGUUUUAUUCUCUACCAGUUGAAAUUCAACUUGAUGUAUUAAAAUGUCUUAAUUUCAACCAAUUAUUUUCUUUUAGACAAACCAACACUUACCUGCGCAAUUUAAUUAAUAAAUAUGAAAAUGGAUUGGCCCGAAUGGAAUUUAGCCUGCUUGAAAUUGAUACUUACGACUUGAUCGCCUGCCAAAAAAAUGGAUUCAAAAUUAUUGUGCCAGAAUCUUCAGUUUCUGAAUUUAUUUUGAAUGAUCAACUUUUGGAGAAGUGGGAAGAAGCGAUAUUUGAAUCAAUUCCGUUGUAUUUACACAGUAUUAGCUAUAAUGUAGGUGCGAAAUUUAGCAUAUACCUGAAGCCAAAUUUGCUUUUAAAACUGCCAAACAUUCCAAAAAAUAUUGAAGAAAUGCUUGUUAUUCGAUUUUGGUUAGAACAACUAUUUAAAUGUGCUUUUGGAGAAGGAAGAUUUAUUUAUAAUAUAUUUAAUCCACAAAUGAUUAAUUUAUUAUUUGAUAACGACAAAACAAUUUCUCAGCAAUUUAACAUACAAGAGCCACAUGUUAGCUUAACAAACAAUUUAUUUGAUGAUUCUUUGAAAUUCACUUUAAAUCAUCUGGCCAAUUCAACAAAUCUUACUCUAAAUUUGUAUUAUGUCGACUAUUUAAAGGAUUAUACAGAUAUUUUAUUCAAUAUUUUAAUAAAUGAAGGUAAUAAAUUUCCUAAAAUUUCUUUUGACCGUAAUGGAUUGGAAUGGAUUUUUGAUCUUAUUAUUGAAUAUAUAGCAACAUCCAAGGACUGUUCAAAAAUGGUGUCUGUCAUUAGUUUAAAGUGCAACAAUUAUCCGAAUUCUAAAUUAAAAAAGUUAGCAAAAAAUGUUGAAAUUUAUAAUGGUUCAAGCCUUAUUGAUUAUCAAAUUACCAAUAUUUACAAUCCAAAAGUGAAAUUUGGAUUUAGCUAUUCUUGUAGUAAAGUAACCAUAGAAAGAAUGUAA